AUGACGAUUGAUCAGUACCAGCAAGCCAUUGCUGGCGCUGGCGCUGGCGCCGGUGCCGUUGCUGGUGCUGGUGGUCUGCAGCGUCGCGACCUGUACUCAUACGACAUGGGCAGCCUUCUGAUCGACAAUGUGCUUCACAAGCGACAAGACGCCACCGAGCCGGCCAAGGCGCCAGCCAAGGUGCUCAUGUGCAUCAAUGGCGAUCCCGACGUGCCUGCGAUCAAGUUCAACACGAUGACCGAGCUUCGCAUCCGCGACGCCUCGGCGCAGCAGGACGGCGUGAUGCAGGUCACGAACCUACCCAACUACCAGACACCCUGGAUGCCUUUCCUCCCCACCGCCGAUAUGUGGGCCGAACAGCAAACACUCAUGAUCGAACAGGAAAAGAUCAUCGAGACCAAUAUGACCACCGCUCCGCCUCCCUCGUCCUAG